AUAACGAGGCUGAAAACGUGUCAGGGUGAGACUUCUUUUUCUCGCCUCCCUAUCUUUGGAGCGAGAGAAAACCCCAAACCUUCCUCCGUGAGUUCACCGAGCGAGGCACAACGAGAGAUGCAGCGGGCAGCAGGAGACCCCCGGCCGGCCAAGCGGCUCCGCACAGAGCAGGAGGCCGAGGGGGAGGCGCCGGAGGAUGGCGAGCAGGAGGAAGACUCCCCCGGAGAGGAGGCGGCGGGGAGCCGGAGCGGCGGAGGGACGGACGGCGUGGAGGACAGUCACCGCAUCGCUCCGUCCCCGGUGGUCCACGUCCGCGGGCUGUGUGGUGCCGUGGUGGAGGCCGACCUAGUGGAGGCGCUUGCCAAGUUCGGCAACAUCUGCUACGUGAUGAUGAUGCCGUUUAAGCGGCAGGCUCUGGUGGAGUUCGACAGCGUGGCGAGUGCCGGGUGCUGCGUGCGGCAUGCGGCCCGUGAGGCCGUGUGCGUGGCGGAGCAGCGGGCCUUCUUCAACUUCUCCACCAGCCAGAGGAUCACCAGACCCACCAAUGACAACCCUGCCACCGGUAACAAAGUCCUGCUGCUGUCCAUCCAGGACCCGCUGUACCCCAUCACCACCGAUGUCCUGUACUCCGUCUGUAACUCGGUGGUUAACGUCCUGCGCAUAGUCAUCUUCAAACGCAAUGGCAUCCAGGCCAUGGUGGAAUUUGAGUCAGCGGAGGAUGCUCAGAAGGCCAAACUGUCCCUGAAUGGAGCCGACAUCUACUCCGGCUGCUGCACGCUCAAGAUCGAAUACGCUCGGCCCAACAGACUGAACGUCGUCCGUAACGACAACAGCAGCAGCUGGGACUACACCAAACCCUUCCUGCUGCAGAGAGGAAAGGGCCGGCAGCGCCAGGCCAUCCUUGGAGAGCAUCCAUCCAACGGUCCACACUGUCCCCUGCUGGCUGUGCCCAGUAAAAGCACGUACAGGAGGCGCAGUGAGGAGGUUCAGGACAUGGUGUCCUACCCGCUGCUCCUCCCUAAGACCUCGUCCUUCCAGGGUCAUGCCGCCUCCAGCUCUGUCGCUAUGGCAAGUGGCCUCCAUCCCACCAAGAUGAACUGCAGCCACGUCUUCAACCUGUUCUGUCUGUACGGGAACGUGGAGAAGGUGAAGUUCAUGAGGAGCGUUCCCGGCACGGCGUUGGUGGAGAUGGGGGACGAAUACGCCGUGGAUCGAGCCGUGACUCACCUCAACAGCCUCAAGGUGUUCGACAGGAAACUGAACGUCUGUGUGUCCAAGCAGCAGGCGGUGAUUCCCAGUCAGGUGUUUGAGCUGGCUGACGGCAGCAGCAGCUUCCAGGACUUCAGUCUGACCAGAAACAACCGUUUCGGCGGCUCGCAGAGCGGCCGGAACGUCAUCCAGCCGCCCGCCACCGUCCUGCACUUCUACAACGCCCCGCCCACCCUCAGCCAGCACCAGCUGCACCAGCUCUGCAGUGACCAUGGUGCUCCCGCCUUUAACAAGUUUAAAGUCUUCGACGCCAAACCAGCCAGCUCCAAGACCGUGUCUGGUCUGGUGGAGUUUGACAGCAGGACUGAAGCUGUGGAGGCUCUGAUGGUUCUAAACCACCACCAGAUCAGAAUCCCCAACAGCUCCAACCCCUUCACCCUGAAACUCUGCUUCUCCACCUCUUCCCACCUGUGAGCCGCCGGGUCCUGCAGGAGCACCGGAGCGAGCAGACUUUUUAUUCUUUACAGAGAGACGAGAUGAACGACAGAAGAUGAGAAAUCAGAUCAAUAAAUGACUUUUUCCUCCACAAAAAGGCUCAAACAGGAAUAUCUGAAAGAAAACUCAGGGAGAUUUUUUAAAUUAUUAGUUUGGGUUUUAUUUGUGUGUUAAUUAAAUUAAUACAUUUUUAUUUUUAUUACCCUUGUGCAUCCUGAGACCUUUUUUUCCAGUCUUUUUUAUUUUAUUUUUUUUAACUUUAAUGUUGUUAAUGCAAAUAUGACAGAAAAUACCCUAUUAUAAUUUUUUAAUAUGUUAAUAUGUUACCUUUUAAAAAAAAUAAAAGUAAGAGGAUCAAUAUGUAAACAAAUAGGUAAUUAAAGGUUUAAAAUUCUGAAAAUAAAUUAAUAUUUGCUAGUUAUAAUCAGGACUGAUGUUUUUUGAAAAACUGAUUUGUUUAUCACAAAUAAAAAGAUUAUAUUAUUAAUAUUUUAUGAAAGAUUAUUAAUAUUUGAAGUUAUAUUUGUUAGGUGAUGUUUGUUGAAAAACUCAGAAAGUGGGGAAAAAAUAAUAUACCGGUAAGUUGUUUUAUAGCAGUUUUAGAAAAGGUAACAAGGGUUUUUUUUAAAUCUAUUUUUUUACUGCUUUUAUAUUUUAUUGUUGAUCAUAAAUUAAAUAUCCCAGACUGUGAAAAAGCUCCUUAUUACUAUUUAAAUGUAAUGUUUUUGUUUUUUUUAUUAAACUGAAUGAAUAUAAUGCAAAUACCUUAUUAUAUUUUUUUAAUAUGUUACUUUUGUUAAACAAGUAAUAGGAUCAAUAUGUAAAAAAAAAAAUUAAAGGUUUAAAAUUCUGGAAAUAAAUUAAAAUUGCGUCUUGUGAUCAGGACUGAUGUUUGUUGAAAAGUUUAACUCAGGAAGUGGAAAAUAAUAUUAAUGUUUAGUAUUUUUAUAAAGGGGAUAUUUGUGUUUUUUUUAUAUUUCUUUUUAUAUUUUAUUGGUGUUCAUACAUAUGUGGGAAUAAUAAACAUCUUCCAACGUU